AUGAAAAGCGAUUCCAAUGACUCUGUCUCCCCUUAUUCUCCCAAACGCAGAACCCGUUUCGUAAGUUCCCGGUUCAUGUCACCAAACUCGACCGCUUCACCAGAUUCAUCCUCUCCGCUCCGCCGGUUCAACCGCCCCACGAGAAAAGACUCUACCACUCUCGCUUAUCAUAUUGGCAAUGAGAGGCUCAAAGAAAGGGAAGAAAACCACCAACAUCACAAUCAGAAACCCACAAACAGAACAGACUCUGUUUUCUCUGCUCUCACAAAACAGAGGAGCUGUAGGGAGUACAGAAACAACAACAAUUUCUUAGAAGAAAACGAUCAAGAUCAAGAUCAAGACGUUGCUGGUAGGUCCACGAAGAAUGAUUUCUCCGUAAAAUCUUCUUCUCGGGUGGUGAAGAAAACAAUUUCUCAUCUUGAUCCUGGGAGACUCUCUCUUGACGAGAAUACCUUUAAGGGAAAUUUUCAUUGCGAUAAGAACCCAAUUGACUCGGAAUCCGAAAAUACGAGUUUGGAUUCUGUUUCCCUGCAAAGAACAUUCAGUUCGAGGAAAUUGGGUAGAGAUGUUCCUUCUAAGUACAUGGCAGUGUGUGGCAGUGGGAGAAGAGGAGAAGCUUCUGAUUCAGACCCUUUGUCUUGUGAUGAUUCAUGGAUGAUGAAGAAGUUUAUGACACAAAAAACGGGGAAGAAGGCUAAUUCCCUUAUUGGGUACAUGAGUUCCAAGUCUCAGUGGGCAUUGUCCCCUGGGAGAUCAGGAUCACCACCUUUGUCUUUAGAAAGCAAGGAUAAGCAAUUGUCUUUUUCGAGCAUGAGGCCUCCACAAAAGAGAGUGGAGAAAAUUCUGAGCAUGGGUUUUGAUUUCUUUAGGACUAAAAAAUCUUCUUCUAUCAAUGAAGUCGUUCAUCAGUUGCGUCUGCUUCAAAACCGAUUGAUCCAAUGGCGGUUCGCAAAUGCUAGAGCUCAAGCUGUAAAUCACUCCAUAUCUCUUCAGACUGAGAGCAAUUUAAUAAAUGUUUUGGAUGGUCUGACCAAGUUGCGGCAUUCAGUAAUGCGAAAGAAGAUCGAGCUCGAAAGAGAAAAACUUAAGAUGAAGCUAAAUUUUCUACUGCAUUCUCAAAUGAAGAUGUUGGAAUCGUGGGGAAGUAUGGAAAGGCAGCACCUAGCUGCAGUUACCACAAUGAAAGAAUGUUUACAUUCUGUUAUAUGCAGAGUUCCUCUCUCGGAAGGGGCAAAGGUGGAUAUACAAUUGGCAUCCAUUGCUCAGCGGUAUGCAUCUGAUCUAACAGAUUCCAUAGAGUCAGUGUUAUCUAGUUUUUCACCCUUGGCUAAUAAGACAUCUGAGUUGAUAUCAAAUUUAGCAAGAAUUGUUGCCCAAGAGAAAUUGCUCUUGCAGGAACUCAAUGAUGUGUUCCACGACAUGUGUGUCCUUGAGAUGGAAGCUGAAGGAAAGGAGCCUAGUAUGCAGUCUCAUUCAACUCCAAUCUUGAAAAUAAAAAUACUAGAAACUGCAAUUACUGCCAAAGAUCCCUUGAAUCAGAAACCACAUUCUCUUCCAGGAACAUGGAAUUGGAGAGAAUUGGGUAGGGUGGUUUCAUUCAAGUACAUGGCAAGAAGCGAGGGAGAUUCUGAUGGUUCAUGGAUGGUGAAGACGCACAAAGCAACAAAGAAGACUAAUAAUUUUGUUCUUGGGUAUGUGGGUUCCAAGUAUCACUGGGCAUUGUCUCAUGGACACAUUAUCCUGAGGCCACCUCAACCCAUAUGUUGA